AUGGCUCCAUCCGGAAUCUCAACCCCCCGAAUUUCCACUCAAAAAUCCUGUCCUAGUGAAUCUGCGUGGUCGAGGCCAGCUGCCGCGGCAUAUGACUUCAGAUCGGACUAUGUUACUGUUCCAACCUUCCCCAUGUUGCAGUCCAUUAUGAAUACCACCCUUCGUGACGAUGUUAUGAUGGAGGACCCGACUACUAACGAGUUUCAAGAAUUCAUGGCAAACUUGACCGGGAAAGAGGAGGCACUUUUCAUGCUGUCGGGGACAAUGGGAAACCAGGUGGCGCUUCGUGCAGCUCUAAAGGCGCCUCCAUACUCUAUCCUUGCGGACGAGCGCAGCCAUGCAAUUCGAAUGGAAGUUGGUGGAGCUGCAACCCUAUGCGGUGCUCUUAUUAUUGGAAUCCGGCCUUCUAACGGACAUCAUUUGGUCCUGGAUGACAUUCGGCGACAUGCAACAUUAACGUCUGGUUUAUACGGCUGCCCCACAAGAGUUAUAAGCCUCGAGAAUACUCUGAGCGGUACAAUUAUGCCACUAAAGGAUGUCCAGGAAAUAUCUACCUGGGCUCGCAGCCAGCCUGAACCGAUUCAUAUGCAUCUCGAUGGAGCAAGGCUCUGGGAAGCAGAUGCAGCAGCGGCUGGUAGCCUGCAGCAGUAUUGCAAGGAAUUUGAUAGUGUAACGCUCUGUUUGACCAAGGGUCUCGGGGCACCGAUUGGAUCCGUCGUUUUGGGUAGCUCAGAGUUUAUUGAGCGCGCACGAAUGGUGCGAAAGCUUCUUGGAGGAGGCAUACGCGCAGCUGGGGUUCUUACUGCACCAGCAAAGGUUGCGGUGGAGCAAAUAUUCCUCGGAGGAAGACUGCGCGCAGCACAAGACAUUGCAAAGUCCCUUGCUGCAACAUGGACACUUUUAGGCGGGCGUUUGACCAAUCCCACGGAGACAAAUAUGGUGUGGCUCGACCUAAACGAUCCCGAGGUAGACCAGGCAAGGUUCUUUGCUCUGGCCAAGGCUAAAGGCCUAAAAGUAAUGGAAGGCAUGCUCGCAGGGAGGUUGGUGGUGCACUAUCAAAUCUGCUUGGAUGCAGUAUCAAGACUACGCGGUGUCAUGGAGGAGGUGCUGUCGGGGAAAGGGAUCCAAGGGCCAGGAAGUUCAAAGUGA